CUUCCAUCAUAUUCUGGUCAAGGAGGAGGAUCGACCAAAAACGGCCUUCGUACUGUUUGAAGGCAUGUGGCAGUGGGUUUGGUGUCCAAUGGGGAUUUGCAAUGCGCCUGCCACGUUUCAGUGGGCCAUGAACGUGACGUUUCAGAACUUUGUCAACAAGACGCGGCUAACUCAAGGGAUGAUUAAGUCCUGCGUCAUCGUGUACACGGACGAUAUCUUGGUCUACUCAGAGAUCUACCACGGUCACGCGCAACACAUCGAAAGGAUACUGGGAGCUCUGAGAGAUGGCGGAUUCAAGAUCGCGCUCGAAAAGAGCGAGUUUUUCCUCUCGGAAAUCUCGUUGUUGGGUUACGUGGUGACACGUGGAGGACUGCGGCCAGACUCGAGAAAGGUCGCGGCGGUGAAGGACVCCCCUGUCCCCACGUCAUUGACGCGGGUUCGAGCCUUUCUGGGGCUAGCAUCGUACUAUCGUCGCUUCAUCAAGGGCUUCGCCGCAAUUGCGUGGCCUAUAACGAACCCACUACGGAAGGACCAGCCCCUCAGCUGGGAUGCAAAGUGCGAACAGGCCUUCUUCGCCACCCUCAAGGAUGCCCUAGCAACGACACCUAUUUUUAUCCGACCGGACCCUACGAAGCAGUUCAUUCUUAUCACGGACUGGCAGCCAGAAGCGAUCUCCGCUAUUCUAGCGCAGAAGGGGAACGACGACCGCGAACAAGUCAUCCAGUACGCAUCACGCACGGUGCCGGACAAACGAAGAAACGACUCAGCACCGCAAGGCGAGUGUUACGCCGUGGUCUGGGGAAUCCAACACUUCCAUCCGUACUUGUACGGACAGAAGUUCCUCCUUGUGACCGACCACGAGCCAUUAUUGGCUCUCAAGAAGCUCACUAAUUUCACGGGUAUGAUUGGACAGUGGGCGGUGCGUCUACAAGAAUACGACUUCGACAUCAUCCAUCGAAAGACGGAGAGGCACGGCAACGCGGACGGGUUGACACGUCUGCAUCACCCCGCUAAGGUACCUAAGGGUGAAGAAAUCAUUCCGUGGAAGGAACCGGAGUCAGUGAACGGAUCCAAGUACGAACAAGUGGCAGUCCUUCCACGUGGCAAGAAGCAGACAAUUGGCAAUGGGUGACGGAGGUAAUCUUGUGACUCCCGUCUCUCCCCUCUCAUCCUCAUCUCAUCUCUCCCUACCCGACAAACUUUGUUAUUUUUGCG